AGAAAAGCGGCUACACAUGCGUAUACUGUGGAGUCUGAGGUAUAUGAAACUGCUUGUUGUAGUGUGAAUAUUAACACCUUAUUUGUGUUUAUCCGAUAAAAUACAUUGAAGGAAACACUUAUUUUUAAAGCAGAUACAGCCAUGGACCUUAGCGAGCAGAUCACAGGACUUGAGAGUGACUUGAAAGAAGUGAUGCAGCUCCUGGAGAUGUGUGAAAGGAAGCGUGUGCAGGAUAUCCUCUCACAGGAGCAGAAAAGGAUCGAGAAAGAACUGGCUCAGAAACAGCAACAGAGGGAACAGCAAACAAAAAGAGACUAUGGAGACAAAGCAGACACAACAGUCAAGGGAUACACAGUCAAAAUAAACAAUUAUGGUUGGGACCAAUCAGAAAAAUUUGUAAAAGUCUACAUCACAUUAAAAGGAGUGCAUAAAAUCCCUGCUGACAAUGUUCAAGUCAGCUUUGCGGACAGGUCUUUCAGUGUGCUUGUUAAAGAUUUGGAGGGAAAAAACUAUCAAAUGACAGUCAACAACCUCUUGUGCCCCAUUGUAGUUGAGGAGAGCAGUAGAAAGGUGAAAACAGACAUGGUACUCGUCAUGUGCAAAAAGAAGACAACAAAGAAAUGGGAGUGUUUUACGCAGGUGGAGAAACAGUCUAAGGAGAAAGACAAACCCAGCUAUGAUGAGAAUGCAGAUCCUGGAGAGGGGCUGAUGAAUAUGCUGAAGAAGAUCUACUCAGAGGGUGAUGACGAAAUGAAGCGCACUAUCAACAAGGCAUGGGCAGAGUCACAGGAGAAGAAAGCCAGAGGAGAUGAAUUUGACUUCUGAGUCUGUCUCCUGGCUACGACUGAACUACAGUUUCUCACCUACAUGCCAUUCCUGUAUAAUUGCCUUUUAUUUAACACUUUCUUUUUUGACAGUCACUAUGGCUGAAAAUUCUUAUUAGGACACAAGUCUAUAAAUUUGUUUGACUUUUCUGCAGUUGUUAUUUCCCCAAGAGUGUCAGAAAAACUGUUUAAAAACACCUGUUCCUAAAACCUAAAAUGCUACACACUUGAUUUGGUUUUCAAGACUGCAUACUGAUAAUGGAAAAUAAAUUGUCGAUAAAGAAAA